AUGUCUGCUACACCGUCAGAAUUGGCUCCCAGUGAGAUGCCCGUCUCCGAUGUAGAAGACGUUGGAGAAGCGACGCCUGCUCCGAAAAUGCCAUCGUUCCCGCCAUAUCCACCAUACGCGACGGAACCAGCCCCACCAUCCGUGGCAGAUACCAUCAUAGCUGGACACGAUCUGCGGCUGCAGCAUAAAUCUAUACCAAGAAAACCUUUACGACCACCUCCUAAGCCAGCUAGACCCAGGGGUCCAAAAGCGACAGAUGUGAAGAUGUCGCAGCGAGCUAUGCGGGCGCAUGCUCGCUGUCUGCGCAAACACGGCGCAAUCCUCACGGAUCGACUAGAGCGCAUGUCGAAACCACUCCGGCGCAAUAUUAUAUACAUGUGGCGCGAACACGCGUAUACUCUUCCUCCAGAAACGAUUGCACGUUUAAGAGCUAUGUUGGAUGCCGAUGAACCCUUCAAGCCAGAUCAAGCCUAUGAAUAUUUUAUCAACUUGAAAAAAACUAAGAAGAAAGCUGCCGCAACCGAACAAAUUAACGAAAUUAAGAAGGACAUGCUGGCUAUGGUCGGUGAGAAAAGAUUUCUUUGGGCACGAAAUGCCACCGUGGCUUUCGCUAGGGGCAUUCAGCAGCGACUGUCAAGACCGGGACGAUAUUCCCUGGCUGAUGGCAUGUUAAGACUGUCUAAUAUUAUUUUGGACGAGAUUUGCGGUUACAUGCACAUGAGAACGCCUUCGCGAAGAUCCAAUCACCCCAAAGCGAAAUUUAUGAUGGAGAUGGCGGAUAAGGUUGCAGUUUGGAUAGACGAAAUUCUAUCUGAAUCAGAUGACAGAAUGCUCAUGAUGGAUUUCGAUGAAGACGACGAAGUGGAAAGGUUUUACGAGGAUGAGGUGAGGCCGGAAGGUGAGCCGCACGAUAAGGACCGGUCGCCACUGGACGUGACUCCGGGUGAAUCUGGAACCAUCGUGCCUGAUCUUGGGGCGACUACUGAAGGCGUCACGCCGACCUCGACAGCCACGGAGCCAACCACGCCACAAUCUGAAGCCACGCCGGGCGAGGCAGCGACACCGGCCACAGGAGGUCAAACGCCUCAGACUGAAGCUACUCCCGCCCCAUCACCAAAACCUUCAGGCACUGAACCACCAAAACCUGAAGCGGAGAAAGCUUCAAGCCCUGAAGUGAAGAAAGAGUACUGGUUUGCUGGGUUGCAGCAACUCUACAUUAAUAAUAUAAUUAAUAUACCUUCAUAUAUAUACGGGCGCCACAAGGGUGACGGAGGCGACGGAGGUGAUGGCGAUGGAAAGUAUACCGAUGACGACGGUGGUGCGCCGGGACAAUUGCUUUCAGCUCCACCCGCUUAUACAAAGUUUCAUGGCAACAUGAAGGAAGCUUUCGAAAUAUUAACGGACACAAUGGAUUCAAAAGGCGGCGAGAAAUUGAUUUCGCACGGAAAGUUCCAACAAACAUUUGGCGAGGGAGCUGACACGUUGAAACGAGCGAAGGAUUUCAAAGCUACAAAUUACAACGUAAGGGUAUCGGAUAGAAUUAGACAGAAACUAACAGCCGCAACGAAGGAGAUCAUCCCGGAUCAUCUCGACAAAGUCAUGAAUGUCAUGGUGGAUAUAUGCUCGAAGUACUUGGCACAGAACGCAGAAAAUAAUAAAAAGAAGGGCAAGGCAUUUAAACUUUUAGUCAGUGCAAUGAAAAAUAAGAAGAAUGAAAAAUUGUAUAAGAGGGGUAAAGUUCAACGGACAUACGCCCAGGCAGCCGAGGAGCUUGAAAAAUCUGAGUCUCUUGAUUCAGAAUAUGACGAUCCAAACUUAUCACAGGAAUUAUAUUCGGCAAUGUCAAAAGCAGUCAAAAAUUUGACUCCGGCAGAAAUGCAAAAAGAGAUGGCGGGUAUACAAAAGUAUUUAUAUUAUGCCUAUUUAAAUCAUGCCAUGUAUAAGGAAGAAGUUCGAAAACUUAAGUCCGAUUUCAGGUUAAAGUCAGCCCCAGGGUUUUCGAACGCACGACCCGAUCCUGCGACUGCAAAUAUGUUUAAAACUGCACUCCAUAAGUCUGUAGAUGCCGCUACGCCAAAAAAUCACACAAAUGAGAUGAAAGACAUAAUUGACCAGUCCGGUAAUUACUUGUCUGCAUUUGCCCGCGACAGAGGUCCUGCGAUGAACGCCUUGUUAGGAAUGAUGAAAACAAAUCCAAAGAAUGUUUUCGCAAGUCGAAAUGAAUAUACAAUGGAUUAUGAUACCGCAGCGGAAGAGAUUCGAAAUGCUCCUACAAUCGUCCCGUUUCUGCCGGUACAAGACAUUGCUGAUGAAGGAAACGCGAAACUUACGAAAGACAUGAAGGAUGUGACACCUCCAGACCUACAGAUUCCAAUGAAAGUUUUGAUCAAUGAUGCGUCCAAACAUCUAUCUCAAGCGGUGGCCAUGAGAAGUGGCGAGCCUGGCGAUACAUACCCAAUGAACUUUUUGGCGGCAGUCAAAAAGUCAUUAGGGACUAAACCACUUUAUAAAUACAAAUCGUACGGACAGAGCUACGCUGAUGCGGGGGACACUUUGGAGAACGCGGGUCCUAUUGAGACGACGAUCCCCGAUGUAGGGUCAGAGAUGAGCGUUAGUACGCAACCACCGCUGCCAUCACAAUCAUCAGUGAUGUCAGAGGAAAAGCCAAGAAAAGCUCUGAAGCCAGGGGUGAAGCACGAACCUUCCCCCGCCGUCGAAUUGGCCCACGAGAUUGUGGCCGAAAUGAAAAGAGGCGUACCAACGCAACUAGCCCCUACUGUUGCUGAAGAAUUAAAACCUACCAUGGAAAAGGCAGCAAUGCAUUUGGCAAACCACGCAGUUGAAAAAGGGGAUGCAAUGGAAUACAUGGUGGAUCUAAUGAAGGAUAAAGGAGAAGAAAAACUUGGCAAACUGCAAGGAUAUGACCAGACUUAUACCGAUGGUGCGAGAAGGGUUGAGAAUACUCCAUCUCUAACUAACGAAAAAGUCGAUAAAUCCAGUUACGAAAGUGUUAGACGUAAAUUGUCUGACAUUACUAAGGACAAGCCAAAUGCAAAGUUUGCACAACAAAUGCCAGGCAUAGUCGCAGAUACUGCCAAGUUCCUGUCGGCGCCAGUUCCAGAGACUGACGCUGAAAAGCGUCAAGUAUUAGGAGAUUUGAUGGCCCGAGAAGGAGAUAAGAUCAUAGGGGAAGAUGGUGCGUACAAGAUGACCUACAGAGAGGGCGGAGAAGAAAUCAAAAAUGCCCCAGUGGGUGUUACAAAAGCCCACGAUGAAAAGAAAAACAAGGAGAUGGUUAAGAAAUUAGAAGCUGUUGUACCCGAUAAAAAGAUGGCGGCUGUAUUAAAAGAAUCUACAAAAGAAGGUGCGGCUCACUUAACAGAUGCAGUAAAAGGAAGAGGUGAGGCCAUGAAAGUUAUCCAAGAAAGUUUGAAAAAAGAAAAGAAUAAAGAAUUCAUAGAAGUUGGUGAUUUUAAUAAAACUCAUGAACAAAUAGCGGACAUGCUGACCCAGGCACCGAAUUUGAAGAGCGAGAAUCCGUCACCAGUUAUUUUGGAGAAGGUUGAACAUCAACUGUCCGUUCUUCCAAAAGAUAUCCCGGCUGAUAAACCCUUGGCUAAGAAACAUAUGGAAGAAACUACUGAAAUCGCAGCGAAAUAUAUUGCUACGCAGGCUACAAAGGAAAGUGGAUUAGACAAUCAGCAAUUGGCAGCAUUGGAUGCUGCUGGGUUUAAUGCUGAUGCCAAAGCCGCUGCAGAAGAACGUAGAGUAGCUGCAGUGGCGGCUGGCCCUGCUGGCGAUAAAGCGGCUAAAGCAGGUGCUACUGAAGAAGAUGAAGAAGAAGAAGAUGAUGGAACUGGUAAAAAAAAGAAAAAGCGAAAACCAAAAACCGCCGGAGCCGGAGCCGCGGAAGAUGAUCGGACCAAGCAGAAAGGGACUGGAGACGUUAGUGAAGCAGGGGCUGCUGGCCGUACAGAUGCAGCGACAGGUGGUGGUCGUUCUGAUGCAGCAGCAGGUGGUGGCCGUUCUGAUGUAGCAGCAGUUGCAGCUAUGGGUGCGGGCCCUAGAAGUGCUGGUCCUGGAGGUACUACUGUUGGGCCCGACGGCACCGUCUAUGCCCCUGAUGGUACGGUGCAAAAAGGUCCAGGUGGUGCAGUGCUCAGCAAAGAUACGGCUGGGAAAGCUUCAGAAAAAGAUAAAUCGGGAGCCGUUGUGCAGCGCCACGGAGAAGUUGUGCAAGGCCCUGGAGGGGUCGUUAAAGGUGAAGGAGGUUUGGUCAAAGGGCCUGGAGGCGUCAUUAAAGAUGAAGGAGGUUUGGUCAAAGGGCCUGGAGGAGUGGCUCAAGGACCUGAAGGAAGUUUGGUCAAAGGGCCUGGAGGAGUGGUUCAAGGACCCGGAGGAGUAGCCCAAGGACCUGAAGGAGGUUUGGUCAAAGGGCCUGGAGGAGUAGUUCAACCCGGAGGAGUAACUCAAGGACCUGAAGGAGGUCUGGUCAAAGGGCCUGGAGGAGCAGUUCAAGGGCCUGGAGCAGUAGUUCAAGGGCCUGGAGGAGUGGUUCAAGGUCCUGGAGGAGUGGUUCAAGGCCCUGGUGGAGUGGUUCAAGGCCCUGGUGGAGUAGUUCAAGGGCCUGGAGGAGUAAUACAAGGCCCUGGCGGAGUAGCUCAAGGGCCUGGUGGUGUAAUACAAGGGCCUGGCGGAGUAGUUCAAGGCCCUGGUGGAGUAGUUCAAGGGCCUGGUGGUGUAAAACAAGGUCCUGGCGGCGUAAUACAAGGGACUGGCGGAGUAGUCCAAGGCCCUGGUGGAGUAGUUCAAGGGCCUGGUGGAGUAGUUAAAGGCCCUGGUGGAGUAGUUCAAGGCCCUGGUGGAGUAGUUCAAGGCCCUGGCGGAGUAGUUCAAGGGCCUGGUGGAGUAGUUCAAGGCCCUGGUGGAGUAGUUCAAGGCCCUGGUGGAGUAGUUCAGGGCCCUGGUGGAGUAGUUCAAAGCCCUGGUGGAGUAGUUCAGGGCCCUGGUGGAGUAGUUCAAGGCCCUGGUGGAGUAGUUCAAGGCCCUGGCGGAGUAGUUCAAGGGUCUAGUGGAGUAAUACAAGGUCCUGGUGGAGUAGUUCAUGGGCCUGAUGGAGUAGCUCUGGGCCCUGAUGGAGUAGCUCUGGGCCCUGGUGGAGUUGUUCAAGGGCCUGGAGGAGUUGCUCAAGGCCCAGGUGGAGUAGUUCUAGGGCCUGGUGGAGUAGUUGUAGGGCCUGGUGGAGGUGAUCAAGGUCCUAGAGAAGUUGAUCAAAACCUUGCUGGAUAUAUUCCAAGUUCGAGUAAAGCUGGUUCAGGACAUGCACCUGGUGCACACGGCGCUCGUGGUGUACCAUCUGCCCCUGGUGUAACUGGUCUAGUCCCGAGUGGUCCUGGCCCUAAACCAGCAGGAGUAGUAUAUGGCCCAGACGGAACAGCAUACGGCCCAGAUGGAACAGUGUACGCCCCAGAUGGAGCAGUGUACGCCACUGAUGGAACAGUAUACCUCCCUGAUGGAACAGUUUACGGCCCGGAUGGUUCAGUUUCCGUUGGUCAAGGUCCUACUGGCGCCGAGUUUGGACCCGGUGGGGCCCUUCAAGAAGCUGUCAUUGAUGGACAACAACAACCUGGUGGUGUCACUCGUGCUCAAACCGCGGGUGCCCCUAUUAUUGGUCCUGAUGGUAAAAAGGUCAAAGUAGGAGGAGUAGCUAGUUACGGCCAAAAGCAGCCUCCUGCGUAUCCAGGUGGUGAAACUGAGGAACAACGCCGCCGCAGAUUAGAAGAAGCAGAAGCAUUCCGAAAAUACGAAGAAGCAGAGAAAUUGAGGCUAGGGGAGAAGGAGUAUUUCAGACAGCAAGUGGAAAAGUAUAAACGAGAACAGGAAGCCGCUGGCCCAGGAAAAUAUCGCGGUGGAGCACUAGGUGCUGAUUACGAUCGGGAACAUGAAACUGCACUAGACAUUCUGCACUGUCAUCUGCGAGCACAUGGCACUGAAGUAUUCUAUGCACAGCCACAAGCCACCAUGACACAUGGACAGGCUUCAGACUGGUUGAGGUCGCCAAUGCCUAUGAAGGUUGAUAAAGCAGUAAAAGAAUCCGGUGAUACGGCACGCCUUCACAAGAAGUUUGAAAAGAAACUUAAUGGUUUAGUCAGCGAAGUCACGCCACCAGAAUUGUAUGACUGUAUGCAAGAUGUCGUCAUUGAGGCUGCUCGAAGAUUAUCAGAAUGCUUUGUUUCAACAAGUUACAACACCAUCGUGAAUGAUGCCCUCAUAUCAGAAAUGCAGAAGCGUGGUAACGAAAUACUCACAGAAGUAGAUGGCGCUGCAGAAACUUAUUUCUAUGCCUCCCAACGAUUAAAGAAAGCCGGCUCUUUGGACGUGGAAGAACCAUGCUAUAAAGUUGCUAAUGACUUGAAUAAAAAAUUAGACGACGUGAUUCGUACUCGUCCGAUGGCAAGAAAGUUGAAUGCGAAAAUGAGAGAUCACAUCAGAGAAACUGCAAAUUUCUUGUCGGGUAUGGUAACCAAACCUGAUGAGAAAAUCGAGGCUUAUAUUGCCUUGUUGGAAGAAAUGGAAGCAGCCGGAGAGUCUGUUCUGAUUGAAGGAGACAUCCCGAAAACAUAUCAAGAAUCUUCUGAAUACCUCCGACAGUUGACGUCGUUUCAGGACCAAAUAAAACGUCCCAAUCCAACGUUGCAAGCAGAAACCCAAAAAAGGCUUCAGGACUUGAUGGCAAGUGUUCCGCCUAACGAAGCCAGAUAUGACCAGGAGACUAUGAAUGAGGUCAUUGCUGAAGUAGCAACAUUGUUGACGUCGUAUGUUAUGCUUCAUGCCGAAAAAACCGAUGCGUUGAAAGUUCUCGAGGAAGAGAUUCGCAAAAAGGGAGAUGCUGCACUCUUAAGACAUGGACCCAUUCGCAAAUCUUACAAACACGGUGCUGACCUGUUGCGUGGGAAAACUACUGAUCAACUGGCUGUCCCUGCCGCAGACCCCGUCGUUGUCAGGAAAAUACAAAUCAAACUGCAUAACUUGAUGAAUGAGAAAAGAAAAGAAUAUGAAAACAACAAUAUGCUGGCUCUUAUGGAUGAGGUCAUCGAAGAUGCUACGAUAUAUUUGGCUGUUUAUCUUUUACAUCCAAAAGUGAUCCAGGUGUGCAAGUGCUACAAGAACGUGCUCGUGCAGUGCGAGCUGUGGUGCGACGAGAUCCUGCGGCGCGUGGCGCGGCCGAGCUGCACGUGCUCGCGCCAUGGAGUGGCGCAGGAACUGCGCGACGCGGCUCCACCCUCGCAAGACUUCGGGCCCGGGCCCAAAAUAUCUUUCACCACAUGCCCCGAACAAAUCCCCACAUCCUCACUUAUAAACCCCGAUUCCGAAACAGCCUGCCCAGCACCAACUCCCACGCCUGAAUGCCGUGCCCAUGGCCCAACUACAUCUUACUUAUUGUAUUCCACCUCACGCAAAUUGCGUUACGAUUCCAUGCGAAUAUCAUCUGCGGGUUCCUCUAAUUCUUCGCACUUCACAUCGUCGUCAUCAUCGCCUAUACAGGUGGCGAAGCAAUCCUCACCACUUAAAAAUCUAUUCCAAGAUGUACAUGUAGAUACAAAUGGCAGUAUGCAAUUUGUCCCACAACUGCCAGAAGAAGAAGCAGUGCAGCCUUACGAGGCUGAACAACCAAACACGUUGGAAGUGACUCCUCCUUCAUAUUUCUCUUCGUCUAAUUAUUGUAAUUUCAACACAACGCAACAACAACAACAACAACCACAGCAACCUGCAAGCGUCAGCAUCCCUGCCCAACAAAAACACUCUGUGGUUAACCUCCCCUCACCUGAAGCGUCUGAAACAUCUAAAAUCACGCAAGCGAAAAGUGGAUACAGCUCUCGUACUCCGAUCAUAUCGCCGGAUCAAAUGGUUGACUGGCACGCUAUGAUGGUGAGUCUAAUGUGGAACCUGCAGGCCUGGCGGGAUUGGAUCCAGGAGAUCGUCAACCACUCCCUAGCUUACCAGCUUAAUCCAAUAACCAGUGAAGACGUCAAUAACAUUUCAGAUGCAAAUACAGACACGUGGUCAUUGUUCUAUAGGAGAAUAUGUACCGAAUCUUUGCAAUGGCGUCACUAUUGCAUAUUUAGUCGUCAACUCACAAAUCGACUGCAUACACGGUAUAGGAAUAAAGAGAUCGUCUCUCCUACGCCGGUCGCAGUGAAGACAAAAACGUACAUUGAAUGUCAAGAAGAAAUGUUGGAGAUCAUUGAUAUGUUCAACAGAUGGACGCAGUGGCUCACUUUGGUUAUUAAAGAAACUGAUUCUAUGGAAUGGGGCUCUAUUGAUAAAAAUUCUUUACAUCAAAUGCGUUGGAAUCAUUUGAAAAAGAAAAUCGAAGGAUAUUCAAAGGACUGGAUAAAAUAUGACAUGUUUUUGAAAGUAUCCUGGGAGCAGAAGUAUAGUACUGUUAUUGCAGACUAUUUGCCAGCGUGGAAGAAGCCCGGCCCGGUAUGGGUGGUGAGCGCUUGCGGCGCGGUGCCCAGCGGUGCCGUCGCCGCUGGCGUCUUCGACGGAGAAGUCAUCUGGGUAGCCAGGACUACACACAGGAGUAAAGUGCUUCCAGCAGCGUUAUAUCCAUCCAAACACAGCUGCUUGGUAUACGCAGAAGGAGCGGCUCAUCGCUACACUAAAUACCAGGUGAUGUGCAACGCAGAGGUGCGUUGGGUGGCAUGGCGAGGAGGUUCAAUAGGAGGACGUGCAGUUCGCGUGGCGCCGGGAGUCCACAUAGGCCGUGUUCACUACCGCGGAGACCAUCUCCUGGGCGCGGUACAUGAGCCACACUAUCGCUGCCACGUCGUCAUCUUCGGCAGGCCCUUCGCCUUCAACUGUUACGAGCUCCUCAUGCUGGCUAACGACGUCGAAGAAUGACCCACCAAACAGAAAUCGAGGAACAGUGAGCCCUACUGAUUUCCUAAUUGUUACUUAAGGUAUGAGGUGUCGUGAAAUUGGUCGUGACCACCAGAAAUUUAUAUUGUUGCAUUGACGAUAAUAUUUUCGAAAGUGAAUUCCGAUAUUCGGAAGAGAAAUUGGAAACUACCUGAGUUCUAUGUCUCAUGCAUGAGACAAUGGUGCGUCUAUUGUGGUUUGUCUACAAUAAGUCAGUGUCGUGUUGAUUUUUGAUUUGCUAGAAUGUUUUAUAUUGUCUAUUGUUUUUUUUUUUCUAGUAUUUUUUCAAAUAUACACCUUUAUUUUUAUAAACCAAC